AUGUCGAGGUCGGGCAUCUGGCAAUUGAGGAAGCUCAAGCUUCAGUACUGCGACUUCGGAGGCAGCAGCCGCGGCAUGCGGGAGUUUUUGGAAACGCGCCUGCCCGAAUUCCAGAAAAAGAACCCGCAAGUCUUGGUGGACGUGGUGAAGCGUCGUAAUCGCCAUCCUCACCUCUCCGGCGAAUACCUGAUCGGGCGUGAGAAGUCGGUGGGCGUGGGCGGGCUGGAGGCCGACGAGGUGGAGCACUACAUUUACCACCUCCGCAACCAGUGGGGCCUCAAGUCGCGGCGCCUCGGCGCGGGCCAGAUCGUCUCGCAGAGACGCAGCGUGCAGGGCGUGUGGAAUCCCUUCGUCAAAUACGAUUGA